GCCGUUCCCGGCAGGCGGGCGGGGCGCGGGUAGAAAAGGCGCGGCGCGGGCGGCGGCGGCGGCCCGACGGCGCCAUGAGCACGGCGCUCUUCAGCCUGGACGGGCCGGCGGCCUUCGGCAAGGCGGCGCGCGCGCCCGAGCCCGCCAUGGACGACGACGAGAGCGCCAUCGACUUCAGCGCCUACAUCGACUCCAUGGCGGCCGUGCCCACGCUGGAGCUGUGCCACGACGAGCUCUUCGCCGACCUGUUCAACAGCAACCACAAGGCGGGCGCGCUGGAGCUGCUGGGCCCGGGACCCGGCGCGCCGCGGCCGCUCAAGCGCGAGCCCGCCUGGGCGGGGGACGCGGCCGGCUCGCUGCUGCCCGCGCAGGUGGCGGCGUGCGCGCAGACGGUGGUCAGCCUGGCCGCGCCCACGCCGCCCGCGUCGCCCGAGCCGCCGCGCGCCAGCCCCGCGCCCGCGCCCGCGCGCGACAAGGCGGCGGCCAAGCGCGGCCCGGACCGCGGCAGCCCCGAGUACCGGCAGCGGCGCGAGCGCAACAACAUCGCCGUGCGCAAGAGCCGCGACAAGGCCAAGCGGCGCAACCAGGAGAUGCAGCAGAAGCUGGUGGAGCUGUCGGCCGAGAACGAGAAGCUGCACCAGCGCGUGGAGCAGCUCACGCGGGACCUGGCCGGCCUGCGCCAGUUCUUCAAGCAGCUGCCCGGCGCGCCCUUCCUGCCCGGCGCGGCCGACGGCCGGUGACCCCGGCCCGCGCGGAGCGGGACGCCGCCCACCCCUUAAAUUAUUUUUGUACGGACGCUUUCCGACGCCGCGCGUGGGUGCAGCGGGGCGCACGGACAGACUGCCGCCGGCCCGGCGCUGCAGCGAGACGCAGAGACUGAGCACGCUCCCGUUUUUAUAUGAAUUUUUAACAGCGUUUGUAAGAAUAAAGACUCCCGGUUAAACCGC